AUGGAAACCCUGUCUGUCAAAUUACCAUGUUCUUCUGAUACCUCUAGCAUCUCAGCAGCCUCAGAAGAAACUCAGAACAAAGGUGGCAUGGGGGAAAAUAUGAUGGCCAAACUGAAAGAGAAAGUAAUUGUUGUUCAAGAAUCUCAUGAGUGCAACCAGCUUAAAUCUGGAUUACAUGUUUCACUCAGUGAGAAGUUUUCUGGGGAUGAAUCAAUCCAUGGCUCGGAGGUGGAACUCAAACUUUCUAGUAUGGGAUCAUAUCAAGCAAAGCAGCAGCCACAGGCACAGUCAAAACCGAGGGCUUUUACAUGCGGCUUUUGCAAGAAAGAAUUUUCAACCUCUCAAGCUCUGGGAGGGCAUCAGAAUGCGCAUAAACAAGAACGUGCAAUAGCUAAACGACGUAAAGAGUUGGAUUUAGGGGCUUUGGGGCAUCAACAAUACCCUUACUACUCAUAUUCAAGCCUGUCUCAAUCCUCUCUCUAUGGAUCUUUCAACAGGGCUCUUGGGGUAAGAAUGGAAUCCAUGAUUCAAAAGCCUGCUUCUACUUACCCUUGGACCUCCCUAGGCUACCGUUUCGGCCAUGGAGGAAUCGUGAUGGAUAGUAAUUUCCAGGCUCAGAAGAGUAGCACUUUUCCAACAUCUAUGGCUGUACCAGCUUCAAGUAUUGCACCAAAGAAGCCAACAAGCAGUAGUGAUUUCUCCCCAAAACGGAUGUAUCAGAAAGUGAUCAUCGUCAUGAUGAUGAUUCAGGACUUGAUUUGUCUCUUAAGCUUUAAACCUUAA